AUAACUUAUCAAAGAUCGUAUUCAUUCUUGAACCCAACAUUUAUCUAUAGAUUUUUGUUUAUAGUCGAUAGCAUGGUAAAAUUCCCUUUAGCUUCACUUGCAAUUCAUACAGAACAGUGAUUACAUCUCUCACUAUGACUGUCGAAUCAGAUAAGGCUGAAAAACCAGCAAGUUGUUUGGGUGUUAGGCACAUACAGUAUUUCCUGUUGUUCAGCAUUUUGAAUCUAGCUUAUGGAAUACGUUCUAUUCUAAGCGUGACGAUCUAUGCUAUGAUAGAUCCGGACCCGCAUAAUAGGGAUAUACCUACUUAUCCGGAAUGGUCCGACAAGAAGAACGUAAUGCUAUCCUCAUUCUUCUGGGGUUACAUCAUCCUGCAAAUAGGCGUAGGCCAAAUGGCUAAGAACUAUGGCCCCAAAUGGCUGAUAGGUGGAGCAGCUUUCAUAGGUUCCGCCUUCUGUGCUUUGGUACCACUUUGCGGACACUGGUUCGGAUAUCAAGGGGUAGUGGCUUGUAGGAUACUCACCGGACUUACUCAGGGGUUCAUCUACCCCUGUGGACAUAACCUUAUCAGUGCUUGGACACCGCUAGAGGAUAGGGCGAAGAUAGGCAGUUUCGUAUAUGCGGGUGGGCCCUUGGGCACAGUGAUAUCCCUACCGAUCGCUGGUUUCAUAUCAAGUUCAGUAGUAGGCUGGCCUGUCGUAUUCUACCUGUACGGAGCCUUAGGAAUGAUCUGGGCUGUCAUUUGGUUUUUGAUUGGUAGUAAUAGUCCUGCUACUGAUAAAUUCAUAUCCAAAGAGGAAAGAGAAUAUAUUGAGGCGGGGAUUGAGUCUGAAGCAGAUGGAGAGAAAGUGCCGACACCAUGGAAAGAGAUAUUCACGUCACUACCAUUUUGGGGAGUUUUGGUUGCGCACUGUGGCCAAAACCUUGGCUUUUGGACGCUGCUCACAGAAAUCCCUUCCUACAUGCAAAACAUCUUACAUUUUGAUAUCAAAUCUAAUAGCACACUGUCCGCGUUGCCUUAUCUAGUGAUGUGGCUCCUAAGUUUGGUAAUGAGCUACAUAGCAGACUACUUGAUCAUCAGAGGAGUAAAAGUUGGAACCAGUAGGAAAAUAUUCAACUCCAUUGGCCUAUUCGUACCAGCUUUGGCCUUAAUAGGCUUAAGUUUCGUCGAGAAGAGUCACUACGUGUGGGCUAUAGUCCUCUUGGUGACCGCUGUGGGCUUCAACUCUGCAGUUUUCUCAGGCUAUAACGUCAACCACAUCGAUUUGUCACCCGUCCAUGCUGGGACUCUUAUGGGAAUCACAAACAGUCUGUCAAAUAUAUUCUCAUUGGUUAGUCCUUUGAUUAUCGACGUUGUGAGGUUAAGCACUGGUUACCAAGAGACAGACAAAUCAUUGUGGACAAUCGUUUUCUGCAUCGCAAGUGGCGUCUAUCUGUUUGUAGGAAUAUUCUAUGAUAUGGUUGCAUCUGGUGAAGUGCAACCAUGGAACCAGAGAUGCUCAAAACCAGAAGACAACACCAUCAAAAUGGAACCAAUCUGAUAUCAGUUAUUUUUAAUUGAGACAUUCGUAUAAAAGUAAUGGUACUUUGAUGGUAUGUUAUGCUCGGAGGAGUUUGUUAAUUUGGUUUCUCAUAUUUCCAAACUGAAUGUUAUACGCAUACCAGACCAAAUGGACAUUCUACCAGUACUAGAUAAAGACAGAAGUUGCUCUAACUGCUACGGAUAUUUUAUUUUAGAGGAUUAGUCUGAAAAUUGUGGCUAGCUUUCAAACUGGAUUCAGGAUAAAUCAUACCACAAAAUUCAUAAAAAUGUUUUAUUAUUACACUAAUAAUAUAAUAAAUAUCUGUAAUCAGACUACCCUACCCCUGUAUCUGCUCACACUAUGGAAUCUUAUAACUUUUCAGUGGUUCAUGGAAAUUCAUUACACCCUGUAUGACAUAUCUGAUGUAAAAGAACUGUAUAAAAAAACUUUAUACCAACUUAUAUACAUUCAUUUCUUUGAAAAUGUCAGAGAUUGUACCUCCCUCAAAAAAAGAGCACAUUCAGCCAAGGUGAAGUGGCCCCAAAGUGAACCACUUUCAUGCUAGAUGGUAGUAUGGUAGGAGCCAUGCGAUAGCUUUGUUGCAAACUGUCAGAGCUAUUCCACAGCUACUGCUAGUUAGUUCAGACAGUACAAAUCUCCAUUGAAACAUAGAACUGAAAGCCUAUUUCUGUUAACCGAGUGUUUCAAUCAUUAAUCAAUAGCUUAGCUAUGGAUGGUAUUUUAGCCGAGUCCGACUGGCAUUACAGUUCCAUAUGUUGAAGAUAUUACAUAUAUACUUAAUUACUUAUCAAUCCCAAAUAGUCAUCCAUAAGUGUUCCAAUGGCAAACUAAAACAAAAACAAAAAUAGCUUGUUGAAAGCUGAUACAGUGCCAUCAAAAAAUAUAACUUACAAUGCCAGUAGCGUCUACCCUUGUACCAACAAUUUUUAGUCUUAUUUCUCCCUCAGCACGUAUUACAACAUCCUCGUCUUUAGUUUUGUAGCACUGAGGAUUUACAUUUGGACAAAAUUCCAUUUCAGCUGGUAUGGAAUGAUGGGAUAUGAAACAAGAUAGAGGUCCAAUCUCUGCAAACAUUCCAACCUGAAAAAAUGUGUUUAUCAGUAUCGCUUAUUCAAUUUUAUUAGAAAAUAUAUGCACCUUGUUAACUUGCCGAACCACUGCAUCUAAAACCUCUCCUUUGAAUGGCCUGAAGACUAUUGCUUUGUAUUUGACUGGGUAUACAACAAAGCCUUGCCCUGGUAAUAUUAAUCCUGCUCCUAUACUGUCUAUGGUUGUGACUGCUAUCACAAAUCCAUACCUGAAAAAGCAAAUUAUUCUAUUUUUUUGGGAUUCUUGAAAUGAAAACAGGAAUAUCUCAAUAAUUUAGAAAUGCGCAUUUUUUAAUGAAAAUAUCACGUUUAGUUUUAGUACUUACUUUCCUGUACACGUUCCCUCCACUUCAGUGUAUAGCUUCGUUUUAACUUUUUCUAACAGUUGGGGUCCGAAAUACUG